UUCCGGUAUAGUGUUUUGCAUUCAUUCGAUCAAUCAAAAUCAUCCAACGACAACGAAUAGAAAAUUUUUUUCAACGAAAUAAUGUAUUCAUCAUUAUUUCGAAACUUUACUCAACAAUACAUCGAUCAAGUUUUGAAUACAUUUUCCUAUUGAAAGAAAAAUUUUCUAUACCAUGUUUCAACAAUAAAAACAACUUGGGUGAUUACAACCACCACCAUCCAUAUCAAUUCUGAAUCGGGCCAUGUCAUUUUGUUUUAUAAUUUCAUUUACAAUCAUGAUGAUGUUGAUGAUGAUGGUGGUACUGUUCAAUUUUUAUUCAAAAAUUAUCAUAGUUGAUGCAAAUCCACUGAAAGAGAAUCCAAGAGCCAUUCAUCAUUCAACGACAACAAUUACGAGCUUGAACUGGUCAUUACCGUUGAUAUCAAUGUUGAACGCCCGUUUUCAAACGGCACCAACUGUUUUUCCAUGUUUGGAUACAUUUGAUGUCAGACUUUUUUGGGAAGUUCAUCGUAUCGAUGAUUAUUAUUAUUAUUAUUAUUCUGGACAACAAUAUACUCAAUCAUCAGGUCCAAUAGUUAAAUCGACAAAUAAUGACAACUUGAAUGUUCGCCAUCUGAUACGUCUAUAUUGGACCAAAAAAGACAUAGUGGAUAAAGUUUUGUCGGCUGCCGUUAAGCAUCAACGACAACUAUUACAUAGACAUGAUAUUCGACAAAGACGACAACGAAAACCCAUGUGGACAUUAUUCACAGCACAUAAUAGAUCUUGGCCAUCAUUGUCACAUUUUCUCAAUUCAAAUUAUGAUAAUAAUAACAAUAACAUCAAGAAAAGAAAAAUAAGAAAUAAAAAGAUCCGCUAUACGACAAAUCUAACUAAUCUCCACCACCACAAUAGUCAGCCUAGUCAUUUUUUUUAUUCUACACGACCAUCAACAUUGAUUGAGAUGAAAAAAUUUCAUUAUGUACGAGAAUAUUCUUUGGAUAUGGAAAGUGAUGAUCAUGAUAAUCAUAUUGGUGUCGUUGAUAAUAAUAAUAAUGAUGGCAAUGCUGCUGGUGGUGGUGGUGGGCUAAUAAAAAUUCCAUGCGAUUCAUUUCAACCAAGUGAAGACAUUUACUAUUGUAUUGUUUAUUUAAUCCUUCAUAAAAGUGCUGUAUUAUAUGAGAAUAUACCACAUUGUAUUCCAACUAUAGAUAGAAAUAUAGAACAAAAUGGUCAUGUCCAGUUGAAUGGUUCAACAACAUUAUUCCGGAAUAUCUUUGUUGAUGGUCAACAUCGUGCUGUGUCAUCAUCGUCGUUGUCGUAUCCAAGUGAGAUUAAAUUCAAUUAUAACACUAACAACGAUGAAUCAGUGAUGAGCAACAACAACAAAGAAACAGCAACAAUAACUGAAACAUUCAAUGAAAAUAAUUCUUUUAACGAAUACAAAUCAUUCAUACAGAAGAAUAGACUUGAUGAAAAUCAUUCAAUGUCAACAUCAAUCAACCACAAUGCAUUCAUGGAUGUACGAGCACUAAAUAAUUCAUCAGUGAACCGGAUUCCAUCCAAUAUACGAUUAAUACAGAAGAAGCAAAACGCUUUUCAACCGAUGAAUCAUGAUUCAAGUAAUUCACUUGGUGAAAUAGAAACGGUCAUUGUACAAACACAUGCGUGUAGUUGUAAAUUCGAUUCAAAUACUAAUCAUGUCAAUCAAAAAAUUCAAGAAUUAGAUUUGAAAACUUUGAAUGUUAACAAUAAAAAAACAAUCAUUAUAAAUCUAAUGAUAACAACUUGUUCAAAAAUUGUACGAAAAAAAUUUUAUGAAUCUAAAUCAGCCUUACUAGAUCAUUAUUUAUUCAAUCAUAUUGUUGAUCCGAAUGCUUAUUCUGAUGCUGAUGUUGAUGAUGAUGAUGAUGAUGAUGUGGAAGAAAAGAGACAUUUGAAAAAUUCAACCAAAAAGAAACAAAGAAACAAACGGAAAAAGAAUAAUAAAAUAAGAAUCGAUCAAGCAAAUAAUAAUAAUAAUAAUGCUGACAGUGAGAAACAAAUCCCAAUUCACAAUAAGAAUGAUGACGAGAAUAAUAAUAAUAAUACAAACAUGGAAAAUAAAAUGAAUGAAUUUGACAUCUACAAUCAAAUAGAUUCGAAUGAAUAUUAUCAUAACAAUCCUACUGUAUGCAUUAUUUCAAUUGACAAGCCAGAAAAAUAUUCAUUUGAAUUGAAAAAUAUUGAACCAAGUAUUGAAUGGCUUUCAGAAAAUCCAAUGUUAGCUACAUAUUUUACUGAAACAUUAUUCAAUAAUAACGACAACCACAACAACAACAACAAUGUUGUCAAUGAUGAAGAUUCAUCGAUCGAUUAUUCACAUUUUUUAGUGGUCAGAAAUGGCCGAUCAUCUAUCGAUCCACAGCUAAAUAUUGAGAAUCGUUCACAAAUACAUUAUAUACAAUCAAAACAUAUUCGUUUAGAGGCAUUAUCAUCGAUGAAUUUAACGUUAAAAUUUCAACAACGUUUGCUUUAUCAUAAAGAACGAGAUUAUAAUAAUAAUAAUAACCAUGAUGAUGAUGAUGAUGAUGAUGAUAACGACAAUGAUAAUAAGCAUUUAUUGGAUCAUUUAUUUGUGAAUAUAUGUCGUGGAUUCUAUUCAUGGAUCAAACAAACCGUUUCAAUGAUAGCAGUAAAAGCAUUUCGACUAAAUAAAUUGGCCAAUACACAAACUGUAUCAACUAGAAAAACAACAACGUCCGUAACGUAUGCAUAUACUUCAAAUAUUUUGUCCACAAACAAUAUUAUUGAACAACAAAACAAUGAAUUAUCGAUGAUUAAUAUGCCUACAUUUCAUAUAGUUUCAAUCAUAUUGUCAAUAUUCAUUGUAUUGACAUUUUUGAUUUAUGCGAUAAUUGCAUUCUAUGGCUAUAUGAAUAAUGAUUAUUCACACGAAAAUAUAGCCACAAAAAACAACGACGACGACGACGACGACAACAACAACAAAACCUUUGUUCGUGGACAUACUGUUGUGACUAAUAAUAAUGACCAUAUAGAAAAAAGCAUUAGAAACCACAACCAAAGGAAUAAAAAUAAUGAUAAUGCCAAUAAUAAUAGGAAUUCUAUUGUUGUUCACAAUGGAAUUAAUUCAAUUAUUACUACCAGCAACGAAAUUAAAUCUAUUGAUGAUGAUGAUUCGAUUUCGAUCGACUAUCAUCGAACAUGUGACAAACGACAACAACAAUCUAGCCAACUUGAUUAUUAUGAUAUAUACGAACCAUUGACGACGACGAAAACUAUUGAUGCUAGUAAAUCCAUCACGAACAAAAUUCCGUUUGUCAAUGAACAACGACAAAUUGUAAUAAAUUCGAAUGAUGGAUCGACUACUUUUCAACAUUCAUUGAAACCAUCUCCACCACCACUUCCACCAUUGCUAUCAACGGCGAAAACAGUAACAAGAUUCGGUGGUUACAACAAUGACCAAAAUAAUCAUACACCAUUUGGUCAUUAUCGUUAUUGUCAAAGUUUACCGAUAAAUCAGGACAUCACAAAACAACAACAACAAACGUUGCCAUCUAGUAAUCACAAUGAUCAUCAUAUCCAGCCAGUUCACUUAAAAACAUUUAUGAACGACCAAAAUCAUUACAAGUGAAUUUCAUUUUUUACAAUUUUGAUAAAAUUUAUUUUUUAUA